GGUAAACAAGCCCAGAGAGUGGUUUUGCAUCAAGUCAGUGUGCUAAAAAAACUAGCUGAGAUACUGCCUGACUCGUGAGGAGGUGCGUAAUAUUUGGAAAUCAAAAUGGAUCUAAAAGGCGUUAUUGAGCAGCUGGAGACAGGAGACCAAGAUUGUGCUCUAUCCGCUCUACAAAGCUUCAACUCACAGAUGUCCCAUUGCUUUACAUUUGAAAAUGAAGACGGACAGGAAAGAGAGCUUCUAGGUGAGUUAGUUCUGGGCUUUUUGAAUGGGGACUUGCAGCCUUCAUGUCAGGUGGCCUGUCUGGAGACCAUUCGAAUCCUGUCGCGGGACAAGAAGUGCCUCGGUCCUUUUAUCACCUGCUCUGCCAUGUCAACACUGGCCCGGUAUGCAGGGAUUGGUGUAGGCUGUACCAGCAUUGAAGACCACGGAGAGCAGGGAACAGAACAAG